UAUACCUGUGUCACAUACAAAUGAAUCAAGCUAUUUGACUAAUCAACCAUUCUUUGCGUCGCUAUGAUUCUGAGACGACUGUGCUCGAGCGGCGGAUGCCUUCGUUCGCGAUAAACCCUGUCGACUAUAUGCAGCGACAGUGCCAACAAUGCAAAUCUUGAAUGGAGUAAUGAAGCUGGCUGGCUCAUGAUAACGAGCUGGCAUAACAAGCUCGCCGGUCAACAAAGUCAACCGCGCGUUGACCGGGGCGUUUCCACUCUGCAAAUGGGCCCGGCGUAGUACCCUGUGAUUGCUGGCUCAGGUCGCUGAGCCAGGCGCAAAGGCGUACAUUAGCUCAAGGUCCGCCGUGCGCGCGCCCGUUUUCGCGGCUGGUGUCAAGGUUGCAGGUUGGGCUGCGAGCUGAUGGCGCAAGGUCAGUCUCAAUGCCGGCCGUGCUCGCGCCCCUUCCCGCGGCUGGUGUCAAGCCCGCAGGGUAUGGAGCUAGCUGCUGGUGCUAGGGCUUGGAUUCAGGUUAAGGCCCGCCGUGCUCGCGCCCUUUCCCGCGGCUGGAUGGUGUCAAGCCCGCAGGGAUGGAUGGUGGAGCGAGCUAGGACAUAUGCUACAAUGUUGGCGCAUGGUGUCCAUGACGGUGCUGCUUUGUGCUCAAGUGGCUGCUAUGGGUUGUGGAGGCCAGACCAUGCCUAGUCACUGUGUGAAUCAGCUUGGAGGUAGGCUGAGUGUGGACUUCCCAGCUGCAAGGGACUUCGUCCCUGUGGUCUUGUGCGGGGCAGGGCGGGGCAAGGCGGGGCAUGACCCCUGCGGCCUUGUAAUAGCUGUUGGAU